AUGGAAGUUCCGGGACCCGACAGCGACUGGAGAAGUCCUCAGUUCAGACAGAAAGUCGUCGCUCAAAUCGAUGAGGCCAUGAGAAAGGCGGGAACUGUACAAAACAAAACCAGCACGGAAAUGGAGAACCAAGUUUACGUCAAAGCCAAGACUAGAGAUGAGUAUCUAUCACUUGUUGCCAGGCUCAUCAUCCACUACCGCGACAUCCACAAGAAGAACAUGGGAGGUCCGGAUCCCAUCAAUGCCCUGACUAACCUGACGGGCGUCGGAGGGGGCCCGGGCGCCAUCGGCAUGGGGCCCCGCCCCGCCGGUGCGCCCUUGGGGGGAAUGGGGGCCAUGCCGCAAAUGCAGAUAGGCCAGCACGCCAUGCCGGGGGUGUCUGGGAACCCGCAACCCCUGGGAGGUCCAGCUCAGUUGUCCAUGCAGCAGCAACAACAGCAGAACUUGCAGUUCCAGCAGUUUCAGGCUCAGCAGCAGCAGUUCCAGGUUCAGCAGCAAUUGAGAGUCCAGCAACAGCAGAUGCACCAGCAGCAGCAGAACCAACAGCAGCAAAAUCAGAUGCAUCAGUCCCGCAUGCAGCAGCAGCAACAGAUGGUGCAGUUGCAGCUGCAGCAGCAGCAGCAGCACGUGCAGGCGCAGUCCAUCCAGCACAUGGUCCAGCAGCAGCAGGCGCAGCCGGGCCCCAUGCAGCCGCUCCUUCAGCAGCAACAGGCCACCAUGGUGCCGCAGUCUCUGGCAGGACAGAUGGCACCCGCGCAACACGUCCCCAUAAACUCGCUCAAUCAACAGCAGCAGCAGCAGCUCAAGAUGCAGCAAGCUUUACAGGCCCGAGUGGCGCUGCAGCAGCAACAACAGCAACAGGCAGCGGCUGUCCAGGCGCAGAUGGUCGCCCCGUCAGGGCAGUUGGUACGUCCCAACAUGCAGCUCUCGACCCGGCUGCCCCGACCCCCCUUGGCUCCUUCCAUUCCGCCCCCCAACGUCGCCGCCGCUGUGACUCAGCAGGUAUGACCUCUAACAUGACCCCGCAGAGCCCAUCAGUCAUCUAUACGCUUGUCGUCGUCCUCGCCCAUACAGGUUCAGACUCCCCAGUCCAUGCCGCCACCACCCCAGCCCUCUCCUCAGCCGCCCAGCUCGCAGCCCAACUCUGUUAGCUCGGGUCCCACGCCGUCUCCGGGCGGGUUCCAGCCCAGCCCUUCACCCCAGCCCUCGCAAAGUCCGUCGACCGCCAGGACACCCCAGAACUAUGGCGUCCCCUCUCCUGGAGCGCUCAGCACUCCAGGAAACCCAAACUCUGUGAUGAGUCCUGCGGGUGCGGCGUCGCAAGAGGACCAGCAGUACAUGGAGAAACUCAAACAACUUUCCAAGUACAUCGAGCCACUCCGACGUAUGAUCAACAAGAUUGACAAAAACGAAGAGCGAAAGAAGGACCUCAGCAAGAUGAAGAGUCUUCUCAACAUCCUUACUGACCCCAAUACCAGGUGCCCUCUGAAGACGCUGCAGAAGUGCGAGAUUGCGCUGGAGAAGCUGAAGAAUGACAUGGCUGUGCCAACCCCGCCGCCGCCCCCCCUGGCCACCAAGCAGCAUUUGUGUCAGCCUCUGUUGGACACGGUCAUGGCCAACCUCCGCUCGCCCGUCUUUAACCACUCGCUUCACCGCACCUUUGCCCCUGCCAUGGCUGCCAUUCACGGCCCCCCCAUCACCGGCCCGUCGGUAUCAUCGCGCAAGAGGAAGCAGGACGAGGACGAGCGGCAGACGGUCCCCAACAUUCUGCAGGGGGAGGUGGCCCGCCUGGACGUCAAGUUCUUGGUUCAGCUGGACCCCGCCCACUGCAGCAACAACGGAGCCGUGCACCUUGUGUGCAAACUAGAGGACAAAAACCUUCCAAGCGUUCCUCCGCUGCAACUCAGCGUUCCAGCGGACUACCCGGAACAAAGCCCUUACUGGGCUGAACACGCUGACCACUACGGCGCCAACCACUUCCUGCAGGCGGUUCACAGGACGUUGGCGUCCAAGCUGCUGCAACUUCCCGACAAGCACUCACUGACAGAAGUUCUGCACACGUGGGCGCAGAGCGUCCACCAAGCGCGUUUGUCCGCCGCGUGA